AUGGGCCAAGAAAAUAUUAAAGUAUUGGAGAGUGACUUGUCAGAAGAGAGGGAGAAGAGACAGCAUCUGAUGUCAGCUUUCACUGCUAUUCAGAAGUCCUUGCAAGUGGAUAGUGAGGAAUUCCAAAAAUCAAAGUCAGAACUCCUGUGCCUUUAUAAGGAAAUUCAGAGUCUUCCGAGGGCUGAGGGCAGAGAGCAAUUUUUAGUAGCAUAUAACCUGCUACAAAGAGAGAAUUCUGAAUUAGAAGCCAAGGUCUUGAAGUUUUCACAAGAACUGGAACUGUUAAAACAUUGCUCUAUAGGGGACAGAACUGCUAAUUUGAUGACAAGUGAAAACGUCUGUGAAGACCUGGUGUCUAAAGGGCCACUUUUGGAAGUGGAGGCUGUGAGCCCGAGUGAGGACAGACAGGCUCUCUGUUCUGAAUUAGGAGAAAGUAAACAGGAGGAAAUGCCAGACGAGUCAGUGAAGGCGGCCACUUUCCCAAGGGAGAGGCAGGAGUCACAGCAGAUUCGAGGCCAUGAGCAGCCAUUGGCCGUGGAGCCCAAGGAAGUUGGGAGGCUUGAAGAAGAGGCGAGCCUCCCGUCUCAGAGCUGUGGUGAUAGUUCAGAUGACAAUAGCACCAAGUAUCUAACAUCUGGAGAGAAAGCAAGCUACCAGCAUCACGGGGAACUGCGGGAACUGCGACAGAACCUGCACCGCCUACAGAUCCUGUGCAACUCGGCGGAGAAGGAGCUGCGGUACGAGCGGGGCCGGAGCCUGGACUUGAAGCAACAUAACAGUUUGCUCCAGGAGGAGAACAUGAAGAUCAAAAUUGAACUCAAGCAGGCCCAGGAGAAGUUGCUAGACAACGCCAGGAUGCACUCCUCACUCACAGCAGAGUGGAAGCACUGUCAGCAGAAAGUCAAGGAGCUGGAGCUGGAAGGACUUAGGCAGACGCAGAGCCUUAAAUCCCAGCAGGGCCUACAGGAAAAGCUGGCUCGGGAGAAAUUGAAAACAGCAGAAGCACAGGAAAAGGUUUUGGACCUGCAGCAGAAACUAGAUCAUGCUCGACAAGUCUGCCUUUCGGAUGUUUGCAUUUUGCGUAAGAAGCAACUAGAGGAAGAGAUCAAGGAGGCAAAGAGCAUCCAGGCCAGGCUGCAGCAGCAGUGCCAGGAGGAGCAGCAGAGGAGGAUCCUCCUAGACCAGAACGUAAAUGAGCUACAGAGACAAGUGAGAACCUUGCAGGAUAAGGAGGAACAACAAGAAGCAGCCAAUUCCCAGAAACAAGAGGCUCUACGAAAACAACUGGAAAGCGAGAGAAGAAAGUGUGAAGAGUAUGUCAAGAGCAACCAGGAAUUGUCAGAGAAACUCUCUAGCUUGCAGCAAGAAAAGGAAGCUCUAUGGCAAGAACAUGGGCGGUUUUUGGAGCAACUUGGUGAUCAUGUGAGAAACUACAAAGACAAACACCACUGCCACAAAGCCAAGCUUCAAAAGGUCAAGGACCGUCUGACUCACGAGUUAGAAAUUCGGAAUAAGAGGAUUAAAGAACUUGAAGAUGAAACUGGGAAACUUCAACAGAAAAUUGAAAUGGAGAAAGUGUUCCAGGGCCAGAUCAUGACCCAAAAUGACAUCCUCCUCCUGGAAAAGAGGAAGCUUCUAGAACAAGUCACAAAUCAAGAAGAACUGAUUUGCAGCAACAAGUCCACGAUAUCUGCAUUCCAGAACAAGGCGUUUUUAUUGGAUAAGGAAAACCAGCAGUUGCAGGAGAACUGCCUCCGGCUCAUGCAGCAAAUUGGCCUCUUGGAGCAAAUUAUAAGGAACAUCCAGAUUCGCAAAGAAGAGGAAACAGUAAUUACUGACAACGCUGCAUUUGAAAUAUUCAAAAAGAUACUACCUUUACAAAACUCCAGUUUCUCAGGGACAGGUUUGGUAUUGUCAGCUGAAAAUCUCCAGGAGACUGAGCUGCACAAAUCCGAAGGAGCAACAGCAGUCCCCAAGUCCCCUGAGCCUCUUUCAUGUUCACAGGAUUCAGAAAGUGGAUAUAUUAAUGUGACUUCUCUAAAAGAGACAUACAACAUACAAGGGGACCAAAAGCCAGAACUAUGA